AUGGCCUCGCUGUCCCGGAUCCCGGAUGCCGAUCGCAUCCUGGUGAACACGUUCGAGUCCUUCGAGUCUCUAAGAUCCAAGGAGCAGCUAAGGGAGAUCUCUGUAGGCCUAGAGAACUCCGGACAUCGUUUCCUGUGGGUCGUGCUGCGAGCCCCGCUCAGCGACCCCGACCUCGAAGAUCUGCUGCCGGGCGAUUCUUGGAGCGCACCGGUGGCCGUGGCCACAUCGUCAAGCUGUGGGCGCCGCAGGUCGACUUGCUCCGUCACGAGGCGACCGACCGGGCCGUUCGUGACGCACUGCGGGUGGAACUCGGUGCUGGAGGCCCUCACGGCGGGCGUGCCGAUGCUGUGCUGGCCGCCGCACUCGGAGCAAAAGAUGAACAAGGUGGUGAUGGUGGAGGAAAUAAGGGUUGCCGCGGAGAUGGUCGGGUUGCAAGAGGGGAUGUUAAGGCCGGCGAGGUAG